AUGAUCUUCAUAAAUAAAUGAUUAAGUUUGCUAUAACUUUUUGUACUCUCACUGGCUCCAUAGCUACAACUCCUCUGUGAACCACGCUCUAGGCAGCAAAAAGGUAAAAAAAGGUUUUGCGAUAUUUAACCAAGUAUAUCUCCUUUUUAAAGCCACAACAUUCUAGAAGGGGUUGUUUAUCGAUUAGAUAUUAUUUUCAUUACUUUUUUUGUCACCUGGUUUCUUUCACAGCCUAUACCGUUAAGGAGCUCUAAAUGAAUUUAAGGAGUUGGAUUUUUGCAAGGAAAUUUUUUGGACCCUAUAAACAAACUUGUAGUAAUUUAAUGUUCGUUCCCGUUAUUCGUUUAGUUGUUCUGUGCUAUUACAUGCGUAUAUAUAUAUAUUUUUUUUUUUUUCAAGCAGUCAUUGUUUUUUUUAUUAAUAAAACUCAUAACAGAACUGUUGGUAAAUACAACUUCCUUUUAUUUUUGACACUUUCUUUAUCAGUAAAAAGGAAUUUCUGUUUGUUUGACUUGAUUUUAGAUGAAAAGUGGAUGUUAUUUUAAAGUGUGUUUGGAAUCGAAAACGAUGAAUAUUUACUUUGCAUUUUAUUUCUCAAAAAGCCUUUUUUCUUAUUGGACCAAUUUUUUUCACUUGUCUAUAAAUCCUUAAUUCUUUCCCAGCUGUUAUGAGCUUUCAGGUGAACAAACAAAUAAGAAAAAACACUCCUUAUCCCGUAUGCGCUCUCGAAAAAGGGCCCAAUAAGACAAAAAUAGCUUUAUGGCGAAAAAUAAAUUAGAUGUAAAUAAUGCAUGAAUAAGCUAGAUGUUUUUAUAAUAAAACAAUCGUAAUAAAAAUAAAACAAGCGAGUACUUCCACCUGUUCACUAAAUAUUCCCAGAUAAAUCAUGAUAAGUUAAUGAAAAAAAUGAGUUAAAGAUGGUGUUCGAGAAGAAUGUCGUUUGCUCGACAAAAUCAUUUGUUAACCUCGUUGUUGGACUAGCGCGUGCUGCAAAUAAUAAAAAUGGCAGAGGGCCGGAAUGUGUGCAUAUCAUAGUCCUGAAAACAUCGUUAUAGCUUUCCCGAAUCAGCCGAUUGCAGGUAGAUGUUUUUCCCACUUCGUAUUCUGUCAAUAAAAAAAUGGCGGUUGAAAGACAAACACGUUUAGUGAAACAGACAAUGCAUUUUCAAAUGCUUUUUGUUUAAGCUAUUGAGGUAGUCGCUCUAUCUGUUUUAUUACUAACAUAGUUUGUUUAAGAUUAAGUCAAAAUGCAGCACCACUCGCGAAUUUGUGCCCGCGCUGUGUUACUGUUUGUCGUCGCUUUCUUCAACGUGCACGCCAUACGAAGGGAUGAUAACAGCCACAAUGGAGUAUUCGUGAAAAUGGAAGGUCAUGCACUUGUUAACCACGUGAUAGAAAGUUUCUCCGUGACGUCACCCAUGCAAUGCGGGCAAGGUUGCCUUGGAAACCCCAGCUGCCGUUCGUACAAUAUACGCCAUGACACUGUCUGCGAGCUUUUAAAUACGACAAAGAAGAGCGCUAAAGAAUAUUUGAUAAAACACUCUGGAAGCAACCACUACCACGACCCCGAGAUUUUCACAUCGUGUUUGGAUUUCUUGCACGCUGGAUACGACAAAAAUGGCAUUUUCACGAUAACCGGAAGCGACAACAAUGACUUCAAAGUCUUCUGUGAUUUCACGUCAGAGCUUGGGUCAGCGUGGACUUUGGUUCUCUCCUUUGCGCGUAAAAAUAAAAACCUUGAUACGUACUGCAAAAGAUCUCUAUCACAGAACGAUCCAAGAAACGGGGAAAACCCAAACUGGGAAGGCUACCGACUCUCACUCUCUCGAAUGCAACACCUUAGGUCCCAGUCUACUCACUGGCGCUUCACCACAGAGUUCCCGGUACUAGGGGUCGACUACCGGGAUUAUGUCCGCGCGAAGUUCUCCUCAAUGGAUGUGUUGACCUACGACGCUGGCAGGCACUGCAAACAAGUAGAACUCGUCAACAUCCGGGGAUAUCAAGGUACUGACGUCACGGUCCCUUUCUGGCAGACUAAGGACCGAUGGUCUCUUCAUAUCGACAGCACUUAUACACAUUGUGGGUUCCGUUCGGCUAAAGCAGGUUCUGUUGAUAAAGAGAACAACUUUGGUUACUAUUGCCAAACGUACAACCCCGUCUUCCGUGGUACGGCAACGCAAGAGAGUACCACACAACUGUGGUUUGGGGCGUAUUUGUAAGAUCUGGGAGAAGGUAGAAGCCUUGUUGAGGCCACAUUUGUAAUAAGGUCGUGCCACAUUUGUAAUAAGGUCAUGCUACAUUUGUAAUAAGGUCAUGCCACAUUUGUAAUAAGGUCGUGCCACAUUUGUAAUAAGGUCGUGCCACAUUUGUAAUAAGGUCAUGCCACAUUUGUAAUAAGGUCGUGCCACAUUUGUAAUAAGGUCGUGCCACAUUUGUAAUAAGGCCGUGCAACAUUUUAAUAAGCCCGUGCCACAUUUGUAAUAAGGUCAUGCCACAUUUGUAAUAAGGUCGUGCCACAUUUGUAAUAAGGUCGUGCCACAUUUGUAAUAAGGCCUUGCCACAUUUGUAAUAAGGUCAUGCCACAUUUGUAAUAAGGUCGUGCCACAUUUGUAAUAAGGUCGUGCCACAUUUGUAAUAAGGUCGUGCCACAUUUGUAAUAAAGUAAUUCCAUACUUGUAAUGAGGUCGUGCCACAUUUGUAAUAAGGUCGUGCCACAUUUGUAAUAAGGUCGUACCACAUUUGUAAUAAGGUCGUGCCACAUUUGUAAUAAGUUCGUGCAACAUUUGCAACAUCCGCAGUCAAUAGAUUAAUUGAAUUAAAAUACUACGGAAUU